UGCCUCAUUUCAUAUUUAAGCCGCCAUAUUUUAUUUCAGUAUAUACGAAGAAGAAUUUUUUCUCCUCUCCCUCGACUGCUUUCGUCUCUUGAUAUUUCACAUUUUACUUCGUUUUCCCCACAAUUCCCAUUAGCAAAGCAAUAGCAAGUUCAUUCGAUUCGAAUUCUUCAUUCCUUCGCGUUUGCCUUGCCUUUCCUCUGUGAGCUGGCGAAUUGUACAAUGUACAGUGAAUAGUGAUUGUGACAGUGCGACUUAUUUCUGCUGAUCCGACCGAAAAAUCCACCAAAACUAUUCCCGAGAACAAUUAGUCAAGUUCUCAGCAACAAAAAUUUGUUUUUGAUUUCCAAUCCCCAAUAUCCGGUUUCGCGAGUGUAAAAUUAUUGCUCUGCUCCAUAAAAAGAACCGUAAGAAAUAAAAAUCUUCCAUCAGCAGAGAAAAAAAAUUCUCUGCGAGCGGACUUGGUUUGGUUUUCGUGUGAAUGUGGAGUGGAAGUGGAUGGAGAAGACGUAGAGAAAAUUCUGUAUAUACACCCGAGAGUACAUAGUUCAUACAUAUAUAAAUGUACUUUACCCUCCCAGUCUCAGCCCCGUUCGCCCAUGGUUUUGUAUUAAAGGUUCGGGAGACGUAGAAUUUCUUUUGGCCGUGCAACGUUAACGUUAACUAAAUGUACGCGUGUGUACGUGUAGAGCAGUAGAGGCAGAGUCAGAGUGAAGUUUUCUCGAAUCUCGAUCUCGACGUGUGAAAUCGGAGAAAAUAAUUCUCACAUCUCAGAGAAGAAAAAAACAAUAAUAGAAAUAAAUUUCGUGGAAAAUUUUGGCCAUUAAGUGAAAAGCAAACGAAUUUCGAUUGAAUUUUUAUCGAAUUUUACGGUAAUUUGGGAGGAAACGCAGUGAAAAAUCGAAUCGAAAUCAGAUACCAUAGCAGAAGCAGAGCAGCAGAGGGAAAUUUUUUCUUGCUCGUUCUUUUUUUUUUUCAUUUUAUCAUAUCAGUGAGACAGUGAGUUCGUCGUUCGUUAUCAUCCUCUCUCUAUCUCUCUCCGAGGGAUUGCAUUAGCAGGCGACUCUCGCGCUCUCGCUUGCUCUCUGUGUAGUGCAUUACAUUAUAUUAUUUUUGUUUUACAUAUAUAUUUGCGAUAAUUGGGAUUCUUUUUUGGUGAAAAUUACAUAUAUAAAAUAUGUAUUUAAAUUUAAUUUUAUUUUCGUGGUUUUAAUUUUGAAUUUGAAUUUCUGAUUGUGCUUUUGAUUGCCUUUCCCGUGAAUAGAGAGGGAGAGAAGAAAGUGAGAAAAAGAGAUAGUUUCGUGAGUGGAGUGGAAAAGGAAAUCCCUUUGAUCAAAAAAAAGUUAAUUUAAAAGAAUUUAAGAAAUAAAAAAGUUCUCACUUCAGCCAGCAUAGGUUGAAGAGAAGGAGAGGAAAAUUGGAGCACUGCGUAUACAGUGAUAGCGACAUAUCGAAACCCCACGGCCCCCUGUAAGUUCGUCAGCUCGUCGGGCUUCCAUAGCCAACUUCACGAACUUCGUAUAGAUACACACAAUAAAUUUGUUGGCAACACAAGAUACUACGUCGACAGAUUUUGGAGAGUGAGAAGCGAAGCAAAAUAAAAAUCGCAAUCGCGACUAGAAGAAGCGUUUUUCAGUUUUUGUUUGUAUUCGUUGUCGUGUCACUUGUCCAGCUCGAGCUCUAGCUCCAGCUUUAGCUCCAUAGGGAAGACGAAAAAAAGCAAACCGUCUAAAUGAUGGCGUUGCCAAUGAACUCUUUAUAUUCCCUUACGUGGGGCGACUAUGGCAGCUCGCUUGUGUCGGCCAUUCAACUCUUGCGCUGCCAUGGUGAUUUGGUAGACUGCACCUUGGCGGCUGGCGGUAGAAGUUUCCCAGCUCAUAAAAUAGUUCUCUGUGCAGCUAGUCCCUUCCUCCUGGAAUUGCUAAAGAACACCCCUUGUAAACAUCCAGUGGUAAUGCUUGCCGGUGUAAAUGCAAACGAUCUAGAAGCACUUCUUGAAUUUGUCUAUCGCGGUGAAGUUAGUGUUGAUCACGCUCAACUGCCAUCGUUGUUGCAGGCCGCACAAUGUCUCAAUAUUCAAGGAUUGGCUCCACAAACCGUAACCAAAGAUGACUAUACACAUUCAAUUCAGCUGCAACAUAUGAUACCACAUGUUAAAACCGUUAUUGAUGUAUGCCAAGAAGAGGACCAAGAACAAUUAAUUGCUACCAUUAGCGCCGCCCCACAACAGACCGUACAUGCUCAAGUAGUCGAAGAUAUCCAUCAAACAGGACCCAUAAUUUCAGAUGUCGGUGAGGUUAAAGAUGCUAUCAAUCAAUUCUUGCCAGCUCGGAAGAGGAGACCGCGUGUUAAGAAAAUGUCACCGACUGAAUCAAAAAUUGCCAGAACUGACGGAAUGGACAGUAUCAUGCCAUCACCAAUAACGACAAACCAAACCCAAACUAUUACUCAGACUCAUGAAAAUGGUGAAACUAUUGCUAUUGCCUCAUCGACGCCAAUUAAAACGGAAAUUCUUAAGACAAAUGAAUCGAUUACCUUCUCGGAUGCCAGUUUGACCCCAACAACAACAACAAAUGUAUCGGCUUCAACAACAACUGGUGAUGGCUCGGCAACAAAACUUGGCAACAAAGGAAGAUCAAGAUCGCAAUCUGAACAGCCAGCUACUUGUCCCAUUUGCUAUGCAGUUAUUCGCCAAUCAAGGAACUUAAGACGCCAUUUGGAACUUCGACAUUUUGCUAAACCUGGAAUGAAAAAAGAACGAAAGGUAAUCCCUGGAGGAACAAAAAAACUGAUGACAUCUUCAAGCACAGCUAAUUCUAGUACGAAUACAACCACAGUAGUCAGUGGAACCAUACCACAAGUUCAAACAGUGCAAUCGUUACAUACAGUUCAGGCAGUGCAAGUCAAAAAGGAACCCGAUUCGAUUUCAACAGGUGGCAAUCAAGUGUCAGUGGCAGUAAGCACAUCAUCCCAACAGCAGCAGCAGCAACAACAGCAACAACAACAACAGCAGCAGCAGCAACAACAACAGCAGCAACAACAACAGCAACAACAACAGCAACAGCAGCAACAACAACAGCAACAGCAACAACAACAACAGCAUCAACAAGUUCAUCAUCAAAUAAUCGAUCAAUCGGGUAACAUAACGACUGCAACAGGCAAUGGCCAACCAACAAUUGUGACACAGCAAGAGCACACCGAUGGCACAACAUCGCUGUCCAUAGCUCAAGUCCAAACGCUGCAAGGACAUCAAUUGAUAGGCAAUAUCAACCAGCAGAAAAAUCAUAACAUUUUGGUUAAAAAGGUUUUUAUUUUAAAAGGCAACAAUAAUACGUAAUGAUGAUCAAAACCAAAUUCGCCCGAUGACAACAGGUUAUAUUUCAUAAACCUGGUGCCUACGGCGGAGACAAACACCUCCUCGACUAUCACAACAACUGCGGAGCAUCGACAACGGCAACAACAGGGUCAUAAUCAGGUAAUUCAACAACAGUUUUACCAUGAGCAAGUCGUCGAGGAACUACACCACCAUCAUAGCCAACAAGUAGAAUCGAAUGAGGUCAUGGAAGACUGCCAAGAGCACGAGCAGCAAUACCAUCAACUUGACCAGUUUAAGCCAGAAGAUCCAGACGGGGUGGAUCAUCUGAUAGAAGAAGAACCUCCCCCCGAUGGCAGUCAUCCCCAGGACAGACCUCCUGAUAAUGACCCUCUUGAUGACGAUGAUGAUGAUGAGGAGCAAUUCUUUCUUAAAUGAAACCACAAAGCAAAUUUAUAAAUAUAUACAAAAAAUAAUAUCAACAUUUUUCUUUUUCUUAUUGUUAAUGUUAAGUUCAGGUGCUGUAAAUACUUAAUAAACUAGCAAGUAAUUAUUAUAAAUUAAUUAUAAUGUAAAGCAAAUAGAAAACAAAAACAUAGAAAAACAGAAAAAAAACAAAUCAAGUUAGAUUGUGUAUAAAUGUGUGUCAACUUAUAUGCAAAACUAAAUUUAAAAGAAGAAAAUAUGAAUAUAUAUUUGUAUUUUUUAAAUGUAAACAAUUUCAAUAUUUCUAUCUCGAGACAUAUAAGGCAAAAUUUUGUUGUAAAAUAUAAUGAACUUAAAAGUAAUAUUUAUUAAAAUUUCUUUAUAUAUAUAUAAAACAAAUUAUAUAUAUAACAAAAUUACCAUCGUAGUUUGAUAAAAACAAAUAAAAAACACAAAACAAAAUUAUAGAUAUUAUGUAUGUAAACGGUGUAAUAAGUAUUUAAAAAAAAAACAAAAUAAACAAUUUCAAACAAUUAUAAGUAGCACAACAAACUUAAAUUUAAAUUUAAACAAAUGCAAAAAUUGAAUUUGAUUCAACUAACAAAUAAAAUUUAAAUUACAAAAUAAAUAAUAAAAAUAAUGUUUUAAAAUGUAUUUAAAUUGAAAAGAUUAGUAAAACAAAAACAAAAAAUGAAUUCAACAAAAAAUAAAAAACAAAAAUGUUUAAAAUUUAACUAAAAUUAUUUUAUGUAUAUCUUAAAUUAAAUUGCAAUCUAAGAGUGACGGAGGUAAUUAGAGUAAACUAAAAGAAUUAUGUGGAAUAUAAGUAAUUGAAAAUGAAAACGCAAUAAAAGUGAGUUUGUUCGUAAAUAAUUUAGAAAAA